UCGGCCAAUCGCGAGAGGGUGAAGACCCCUUCGUUGCUCACCUCGUCACCAACCAACCCCACCCCCCAACCCUCUCUCUCCCUCUCGGCCUCUCCGCUUCUCCGCCCACCUCACCUCGCCGCCGCCGCCGCCGUCGCCGCCGCGGCGCAGGCAGCGGAGCUCGGCGCGCCUCGGCCGCGCCGUCGUCUACCGUGCGGGCGCCGCUCCCGCGUCGCGCCUCGCGCGCGCGCGCGAGCGCGAGCUACCCUCCUCUCUGUGCAUCUGGCGACGACUCGGUAAGGUUAGGGUUGUGCGCCGCCCAUGCGCGCGGCUCCCUCGUCGCCACUGCCUCCCGCUCGCCGUGUCCUCUGCCACGGGCGCGGGUACCCUCCCAUCCGGCGGAGUUGGGAGUCGUGCCUAGGGGGAAUCUCAGCUGUCGGGCCACCGAUCUACCCUCCACGGUGUUGCUCUAAGUCCGUGAAUAGCUCUCUUUGUGAUAUAAAUCUAAAUGUUCACUUGAAGCUGGAAGUCUCUGCUGAAGCGUAGAAUCGUAGAUAAUUCCUGCACUCAGUUUUGAGAAAACUGGAGGUCUCAGAAAUUUAGCAGCUUGCUUCUUUCUUUGUUGCAUCUAAGAAUUGAUGACCUCAGCCUUCAACGUUACUUGAAAUUCAAGGUCAUACCGAUAUGCACGCUUCGAGGAUGGAACAAACUACAGGUGUUAGUGGCCAUGAGCACAUAAUUGAUAUUCCAAGGGACAGUGGUCCAUCUACUUCGACUUCCCAUAGUGUUGCUAGAGAAAACCAUGGAGAACCAAAUCCUGUUGAUAGAUCUGCAACCAGAGCGCUAGUACCUGCUUUGCAGGCACCAUCAGCAGUUGGUGCACCUAGUGCAGGACAUACUUCAGGUGCUAGAAGAAGUGAUAACUAUGUUCGCCGGCACAGAAGCCCUUUGAAUUCUGGACUCUGGAUUUCAAUAGAAGUUCUUGUCAAUGUGAGCCAAAUUGUAGCUGCUAUUGUUGUGCUUUCUCUUUCAAGAAAGGAACAUCCGCAAGCUCCAUUAUUUGAGUGGGUCAUAGGUUAUACAGUUGGUUGUUUUGCUACACUACCCCAUCUUUAUUGGCGCUAUAUACACCGCAAUAUUGUCAAUGGUGAAAAUGAGCCAGCACAUACACUUCAAGGCUCCUCUCAGAACAAUUCAACUGAGCCUUCUGCUAGUGCAUCAGAGCGUCGAAGGAAUGCUGCACGAAAUGCAGUGCUCGCUAAUCCAAGGAUUAAUGCUCUUUUUGACCACUUCAAGAUGGCCUUGGAUUGUUUCUUUGCUGUGUGGUUUGUCGUAGGAAAUGUGUGGAUAUUUGGCGGGCGUUCUUCUGCUGCCGAUGCUCCAAACUUGUACAGGUUAUGUAUUGUGUUCCUUACCUUUAGUUGUAUUGGGUAUGCCAUGCCUUUCAUCCUCUGUGCAAUGAUAUGCUGCUGCCUGCCCUGCAUCAUAUCUGUUAUGGGAUUUAGAGAAGAUACAAACAAUACAAGAGGGGCUACCUCAGAAUCCAUCAAUUCUCUUCCAACAUACAAAUUCAAAACCAAGAAACGCCGUCAUAGUUCAGGAAAUGAAGCUGAAGGCCAAGAUGGUGGGAUAGUAGCUGCAGGGACUGACAAGGAGCGGUCACUAUCUGCUGAGGAUGCUGUUUGUUGCAUCUGUCUUGCAAAGUAUGCACACAAUGAUGAGCUUCGUGAACUUCCCUGCACACAUUGUUUCCACAAGGAAUGUGUUGAUAAAUGGCUGAAGAUUAAUGCACUUUGCCCAUUGUGCAAAUCUGAGAUAGCGAGCUCAUCUGGAACAUCUGAUACUCGUCGCUCUGACCACACAGAUAUUCCUGUGCAGGAGAUUGAAAUGCAUUAGGGUGAUCUGCUUUCUGAGGUAAUACGGCAGAAUACAGUUACUUGUGGUGACCGUGUGCUUGUAUAAAGUUCAAGCUUUGAUAUGUGGAUUGUAAUGAUGCAUGGGGUUAUUUUUGUUGCUGUUAUUUUGGAGAAGACAGUUCUCACUGUCAACAUACACGAGGAAAUAUACAAUAUCUACUCGUUCCAUCAGAGUAGUACCCUGUGUUCUGUGGAGUUUGCACUAGAGUACUGCUACUUUCUAGUGGAAAAGAAGUCGACCAGGCCAAUAUAUCUGGAUGACUUCAGCAAGCUUUCCUAUUGUACUACGCUUGCAGAAAUGGCAAUAACUGAAAUUAGAGGUGGAUAUUGCUAUCAAAAGUGGUACGUGCCUUUGAUAACUGAUUCGCUCAUUCGUAACUCAUUUGACGAUGUUGCAUGUAUUCUGCACUAGAUAACUUGAUAACCUGAAGAAAGUAUAUCGUUUGUAAACUUUCCGAUA